UUUACAUAACACAAUCCUAUCUUCAAAAAUGUUGAUCAAGCUAGCUAGCUUAAAAAGUCAUUAGGCAUACGUAAAUUUGGUUACCUAAAUCACGGCACUGGGCAAACCCCCAAGGAAAUAUGGCGAAGAGACCCGUAGCGCCCAUUCCCAAAACCCACGAGCGCCCACCAGGUCCCAGGGGUCAGGAUACCAAGGGCAACAACGAGCUCUUCCUGAAGGAGGUCUUCAAUACCACCAACAAAUAUCGGGCAAUGCACGGCUGUCCCGCGGUGACCAUUAAUGCUGCACUCAACAAGCUGGCUCAGGAAUGGGCCAAUCAUCUCCGCGAUCAGAACACAAUGGCGCACAGACCCAAUCCCAAGUACGGCGAAAACAUUUUCCUCUCCGGUGGAAUGGAUGUGACCGGUGAUCUGCCGGUGGAAAUGUGGUAUCGGGAAAUCAAUAGCUACGACUUUAACAAGGCGCAGUUUGUGCCCACCGCUGGACACUUCACUCAGCUCAUUUGGAAGUCGUCGGUGGAAAUGGGUUCGGGUGUGGCUAGAAAAGCGGAUAGAACCUGGGUGGUUUGCAACUACAAUCCUCCCGGCAAUGUUGUGGGUUUGUUCAAGGAUAAUGUGCCGCCCAAGCAAUAACUCUGGGUUUUUUUGAUCAAAAUUUUAAGCAUAAUAAAAGCGUAAUCUAGGUCCAGUA